AUGGAAAUUGAUAAUGAAGAAAUUUUGAAUGAAUCAACAAAUGGAAUAACAUCAACAGUUGAUACAGAUUUUUAUUUAGCAUAUAAAAAAUUACCAAUAAAAACUGCUGUAACUAUAAGAUUAUUUGAACGUAAUGAAUAUUAUACAUGUCAUGGUGAUGAUGCACUUUUUAUUGCACGAGAAUUAUUACAUUCAACAAAUGCAUUAAAAUAUUGGAAAACAUCAGAUGGAAAUAAGCCACUUGAAACAAUUUAUGUAUCAAAUAAACAAUUUGAAGAUAUUCUUCGUAAACUUUUAUUAAUUAAACAAUAUCGUGUUGAAAUUUGGAAAAAAACUCAAAAAACAUCGAAUGAUUGGACAUUAGCAUAUCAUGGAUCACCUGGUAAUUUAACUCAAUUUGAAGAUAUACUUUUUUCAUCAUCUUCAACUUCACAAGAAUCAUCCGGUGUACUUUCAUGUAAAUUAGCAACAGAGAAUGGUGUUACUAUGCUUGGCUUAGCAUUGAUCGAUGUACAUACGUUAACAAUUAAAUUAUGUCAAGUAACUGUAUCUAAUCAUUAUUCAAAUUUAGAAACAAUUCUUGUUCAACUUGCUCCAAAAGAAUGUUUAUUACCAACAUUUACAUCAACAGAAGAUAAUUAUUUACAAUUAAAAAAAGUUAUUGAAAAAUCUGGUGUACUUGUUACAGAACGACCAAAAGUUGAUUUCUCUUCAAAAGAUAUAAAACAAGAUCUUUGUCGUCUUUUAAUUAAAAGUAAAGAUGAAGAUAAUGAUAAAUUUGAAAUGAAAGUUGGUGUUAUGCCUGAAAUGCAAAUGGAAUAUGCUAAAUGUGCAUUAUCAGCUGCUAUUAAAUUUCUUCAAUUACUUGCAGACAAAAAUCAAUUAAAUCUAUUUCAUUUAAAAACACAUCAACCUGAUCUAUAUAUGAGACUUGAUACAGCAGCUAUGAUUGCACUUAAUAUUUUUCCUGAUAGUCGACAACGACCAGAUUUCAGUGCAAAUUCAAAAUCUUCAAGUCUCUAUGGUUUACUUAAUAAUUGUCGUACAGCUCAAGGACAACGAUUACUUAUGCAAUGGUUAAAACAACCAUUAACUGAUAUGGCAAAAAUUAAUGAACGAUUGGAUAUUGUUGAUGCAUUUGUAAAUGAUUCUAGUAUUCGAAAUUUUAUUACACAAGAUUUUCUUGGUCGUAUACCUGAUUUUGAACGUCUUGUACGAAAAUUUAUUCGAAAAAAAGCAAAUCUUGAAGAUUGUUAUAAAAUUUAUGUUGCUGUUAAUAAAAUGCCAAAAUUAAUUGAAUAUAUUAGUGAAUUUAAUGGACCUAAUAAAGAUGUACUUAAUCAUCUUAUUAUUCAACCACUACAAGGAAUGAUUGAAAUAUUUAGUAAAUAUAUUGAAAUGAUUGAAACAACAAUGGAUUUAGAUCGUAUUGGAAAUCAUGAAUAUAUUAUUAAACCAGAUUAUGAUAAAGAUUUAAAAGAAUGUCGAAAAAAACAAGAUGAAUUAGAAUCAAAAAUGCAUGAUGAUUUAUCAUCUAUAUGUGAUAAAUUAUCUUCAUAUUUAUCUUCAACACCAAGUCGUUCAUCAAUAUCAAAAAAGAAUGGAAAUGAAACAACACGUGAACCAAUACGAUUAGUUUAUGAUCCAAAACAAGGUGGAUGGUUAUAUCGAAUAAAUCGUAAAGAAAGUGCAACUUUACAAAAACAAUUACCUAAUAUAACAAUAAAAGUAACAAAAAAAGAAGGUAUCUUCUUUCAAACAUCACGUUUGAAUGAUCUUAAUACAAAAUAUUCUAUGCUUAAUGCAACUUAUAAUGAAACAUCAAAAGAACUUAUUGAUGAAGUUUUAAAUAUUGCUUCAAGUUAUUGUGAUUCACUUAGUCAAUUAGCUGAAAUUCUAGCUCAAAUUGAUUGUCUUGUAUCAUUUGCAAUAGCUUCAGUUAAUGGUAAUUAUAUACGACCAAUAUUUAGUAAUGAACAACAAAAAAUACAUCUUAUCGAUUCACGUCAUCCAUGUGUUGAAAAACAAGAUAAUAUUAAUUUUAUUUCAAAUACAGUUGAAUUAGAUCGAAAUAAACAACGAUUUCAAAUAAUUACAGGUCCAAAUAUGGGUGGAAAAUCAACAUAUAUACGUCAGGUUGGCGUUAUUCAAUUAAUGGCACAAGUUGGAUGUUUUGUACCAUGUACUUCAUGUCAUACAACUAUUGUUGAUUGUAUUCUUGCUCGACUUGGUGCUAAUGAUGAUUUAUCUCUUGGUGUUUCAACAUUUAUGUCUGAAAUGUUAGAAAUGUCAACAAUUUUAGAUAUAGCAACAAGUAAUUCACUUUUAAUUAUUGAUGAACUUGGUCGAGGAACAUCAACUUAUGAUGGAUUUGGUCUUGCUUGGGCUGUUGCACAUUAUAUUUGUACAACAAUAAAAUGUUUUUGUUUAUUUGCAACACAUUUUCAUGAAUUAACAUCAAUUGAAGAAGAACAACCAGGUAUAAUACAAAAUUUUCAUGUUGAUGCAUUACCAGUUAAUGAUCAACUUGUUUUACUUUAUAAAUUAAAACCUGGUGUAUGUGAUCAAAGUUUUGGUAUUCAUGUAGCACAAUUAGCACAAUUUCCAGAACAUGUUAUUGAAUUUGCUAAAAAACGUGCACAAGAAUUAGAAGAAUUUAAUAGUAAUGAAAAUAGAAAAGAAAAUAUUGGACAUGGAUUUGCUUCAAGUGAAUCAGUUGAUUUAAUUUGGAAUGAACUUGAAAAAUUAAAAUCAAUCAAUGAUCAAGAACAAGCACAUAAAAUGGUUCUUAGUCUUUUGAAUAAAGCAGGAAAUGUUGGUUUACUGUGA